GCGAACGUCGAGGAUGAGAAGGAAGACGGCACCAUCGUCUUAAACGCAGCUACCGCAGAUGAGCUCAUGUCUACCUUUUGGCCGAUCCUGGUUGACCUGUCCAAAGGAAUAAUAGAGACGGAGCUGCUGCCGGCCGUGAAUGCCAUGUCGCCGGUGAACAUCAGUUUGACGAAGUUCACCCUCGGGAACACCCCGCCGUCAUUCGGGAAGAUGACGCUCACGCAGCCGCAGCACCCAUUUCGUCUUCGAGCCGCACUUCCGAUUUCAUGGGAGUCCGAUCAGGUGAUUGAAGCCGUGGCUCUGAGCAUCCCCAUCGGCGUGAAAGACCUGAAAAUCAAAGCGAGGCUUUUGGUGGACCAGGGGCCGAUCCUGGACAAGCUCCCGAUCAUCGGCGGCAUCGGUCUCUCCAUGCCAGAGGUGCCAGAGAUUGAUUUCGACCUCACGGGUAUUGCCAAUAUCGCAGAGCUCCCGGGGAUUCGAGGAUUGGUCUUCAAUGCGCGCCUUGGCUGGUAA